UCUCAUCAUUCAAUUCAUAUUGUGUUUAAUUUGUGCAUUAUUAUUCAUAGAAUUAAGAUGGCUGCUUAUGCAGCUCUUGUUUCUCUCAUGCGUAUUAUAGAUGAUAUUGAAACUCAUCCUUCCCCUCCGAUUUCUCUUGACAAGCAACAAGUGAAAUCUCUCAGCGAAAUAGUUACCUUCUUGCAGGAAUUUCUCGAAGGCUACAAGUCACCAUACGAGUAUAGCGACGAAGCAGAUCCAUUGGAGAUUCUUAUUAUGGAUGCAACUCAUGCAGUUGAAGAUGUGAUCGAGUCCUAUAUUAUUGACACAAUCCAGCUUUCUGCAGCAGCAACUGACGAUGGUGGUGAUGAACAAAUCAGUUGCAUCCAUUUCUAUCAAGAUCUGCAAAAUGUGAUAGAGAAAAUCGAUUUGAUCAAGAAAGAGGUGACAAUGGAAAAGGAAGAGCACAAGAGAAAGGUGGCAUCUGAUGAUGAUGCUGGUUUAAGACUCAUUUCCACUGAGAAGAAGCAUCUCAUGAUAGGGUUUGAUGAUGUGCUUCUUCAACUCCUGGAUAGGCUUACUGAUGGAAACACCAGUCGCCAAAUCAUCCCUAUCGUAGGGAUGGGUGGCAUCGGCAAAACCACUCUUGCAAAAGGUGCGUUUCAACACAAGCUAAUUAAGGAUCGUUUUGAUAUUUGCGUGUGGACUACCAUUUCCCAAGAUUAUAAUAUAGUAGAAACUCUUAGGGAAGUUCUCACUCGAGCAGGAGGAUCCUCGAGCACUAUGGAUGAGGAAGAAUUGAAAGUUAGAUUACACAAGUGCUUAUGGGGUUGGAGGUAUCUCAUUAUAUUGGAUGAUAUGUGGAGUAUAGAUGUGUGGGAUAGGUUGAAAUUUUCCUUUCCUGAUUGUGGUGGGGGUAGUCGAAUAGUAGUGACCACGAGGAUGUCAAACUUGGCUGCCCACUUGACUAAUUCCUAUAGCCUUGCUAAGAUUGGAUUUUUAGACGUGGUUAGUAGUUGGACCUUGUUCUCCAAAAUUGUAUUUGGAGAACAAAGCUUUCCUACUCAACUAGAGAGUAUUGGGAAGAGAAUUGUGAAAAAGUGUAAUGGACUUCCUUUGUCUAUUGUUGUGAUAGGGGGUCUAAUGGCUAAAUCCGAAGUUAUACUAGAAUAUUGGGAGCAAAUAGAGGAAAACUUGAGCUCAAUAGUGAAUUCAGAGGCGGAUGAUUAUUGUUUGAGAACAUUGAAACUGAGCUAUAACCACUUGCCCGCCUAUCUAAAGCCUUGUUUUUUGUAUAUGGGAGUGUUUGAGGAAGAUAGUGAAAUUGAUCCUUCAGAAAUCGUCCAACUAUGGGUUUCUGAAGGAUUUCUUAAAUCAAUAGACAACAAAAGCUUGACAACAAUUGCCGAACAAUACUUGAAAGAACUAGUUGAUAGAAAUCUCAUUCUAGUUCAUAAAUUGGGGAUACUUGGGAAUGUAAUAUCCUACAAAAUUCAUGAUUUACUAAGAGAUCUAUCUAUGAAAGAAGCUGAAAAACAGAGGUUUUUUUAUGUCUUGAGGGAUAGAAGUCCUCAAGGACUAAUUAGCCAACAACGUAUUGUUAUUCCUGAAAGCACUUCAAAGAAAAAAAUCCAGGAUGCCUUGAAAUAUAUGCCCCACGCUCGUUCUUAUCUAGUAUUUGGUAAUAGAAAAGUUGUUCAGUUCCCAAAUUCUAGAUUUCUGAGGAUAUUGCAUACGUGUGGUACGCUAUAUGAAAAGGAGUUUGCACAACUAAAUUUGUUUAGGUUGAUGAAUUCACGAUACCAUACUCUUACAACUUUAUGGAGUUUUGUAAUUCCUUCUUCCAUCAAUUAUCUGUUUUGGAAUCUAGAUACACUGAUUAUUAGAUGUGAUGAAACAUUUACUGCACCAACUGAAAUCUGGAAAAUGUAUAAACUUAGGCAUCUCGAGUUUGAUGCUUGGAAAUUGCAUCUCCCGGAUCCUCCGAGUGAGGAGGACGAUGAUAUUAUGAUGAUGGAGAAUCUAGAAGUGCUUGUAGGACUGAAAAAUUUCAAUGAAUUGAAUAUGAGAUAUUCGGCUGAUGGAGUGAACUAUCUGAGAUGUCUUGAAUGUCUUAGUAAACUGGAAUCCUUGGAGUUGUGGGUUCACUCCACUGAUAUUGGAAAUCAUCUGCAGAAGGCCAACUUGCCACCCUCCCUUAAAAUGUUGAUUCUCCAGCUACAUAAUCGUUUUGAGUUGGAGCACAUACUGGUAAAGAUAGGUUCCUUACCACUUCUUGAGAAGCUCGAAUUAUAUGAAGGUCGCUUCGAAACGCGUGAGUGGGAAACAAUGGAAGGCCAAUUCCAGAGUCUCAAGUCACUAACAUUGCAUAAUUGUGGUGAUCUAGAAAAGUGGACAGUGUCAGAGAGCUCCCACUUUCCACUUCUUGUAGAGCUUUGUCUUUCUUGGUUACAUGAAUUGAAGGAGAUUCCUGCGGAAAUUGGAGAAAUACCAACACUCAGGUCAAUUGCAUUGGAAUGGUGCAAUAAAUCUUUGGUGUUGGCAGCUAAAAAGAUAUUAGAGGAACAAGAGGAUUUAUAUGGAGACCAACUUGACCUUUUUUUUCACGCUAAAGUUGAUAAGAUUGAUGAAGCAUUGAAGAAGUUGGCAACUUCCAGCUUUAAAUUUACUGAGUCACCUUACUUUUAGACUAACUAAUAUUAUUACUCUUCCUGUAUGUAUGUUUUCCCCCCUAAUUCUAGUGAAGUUUUCUCUCUCGUU